CUCAUGAUGUCCGGCCCCACCUGGCUCCCCCCAAAGCAGGUGGGCGUCUCAGGAUCUCCCGGGAUCCUGGUUUCCGCUCCAGUGGCGUGCAAGCCCCAGAAGAGCUUUGCUACUGCUCCGACCGCCCCCCGGCCCGUGUACGGAUCUCAGGAGGCGAACGGGACCAUGAGCGCAAUGGGGCCGGCCCCUCGGUACCCACCCCCUGCCGCAGGGCCCCCAUCCCUCCCCCAGGACGCCACGGCUGAGCCUCGUUACCUAGCCAAAGAGGAUCGAGGAUCGGGGGGCUCUUGGGGCAGCGUCUCUCCUCCAGGCUACCACGGGCAGGGCCCCUCCCCGGACCAGCGACCGGCCUGCUCCUCCAGCAUCGACGUCCAGAUAGACUCGCUCACCAACAUGUUGGCGGACAUGGAGAGCGCCGGGCACCGCCGGGGUGAGAGGCAGAAUGUGGAUUCCGCUCCGUACCCGUCCGCCCCACCACAGCCGGGCGCCUCCAAGCCUACCGGUGCCUACAAGCCGGGACCCUCGGGUGCCUUCCCUCCUGGCAAACCUGCCGCCUUCGCCACCGACUCCUAUGCCAAGAGCGUGCCUUACGGGGGACCCCCGUCGCAAGCGCCAAUCUACCCGGCCUCCUCGGGGCUGCCCUCCCAGUACGGCGCCCUGGUAUCCAGCGACUCUUACGGGGCGGGCUACCACCGGGCGACGGCGGUCCCCAAGCCGUUCCCUCAGCCGACGCCAGCCUCCUACGCCACGGCCUCGACCUCUCCCAGUCCCCAUUUCAACAUCCAAGUGAAGGUGGCCCAGCCGGUCCUGGGCUACAACCAGCCGCGGCGCAGGGCUGAGCAAGCCUACGGCCCUCCGUCCCCACGGCCGGGCUACGGGGCCAAGCUGCCCCCUCAGUAUGCCUCCGAGCCGGGGCUCAGGGUCCGGCCCCACGAGGCAGACCCCUGGUACCCGGAGCCGCCGUCUUACGGCAAGAGGGCGGGCGAGGGGGAGUUCUACGCCGCCCCCGGAGGGCAUGCCAAGCUGGGCUCCCCGGGAGGGCAGUACCAGUCCGGGCUGGUGAAGCCGGGGAAGGAGGAGUUGGCGGCCGUCUCGCAGAUGCCAGCCGGCGGCGGAGGGUUGCGAUACCAGCACCAGGCCCCUCCAAGCCGCCCAGAGGAAGAGCUCGAUCGGCUGACAAAGAAACUUGUGUAUGACAUGAACAACCCUCCGUCCGGCGAGUAUUUUGGUCGAUGCGCCCGGUGUGGCGAGAACGUGGUGGGGGACGGCACGGGCUGCGUGGCCAUGGACCAGGUCUUCCACGUGGAAUGCUUCACCUGUUCCACCUGCCACUGUCGCCUUCGGGGUCAGCCUUUCUACGCCAUCGACCGGCGCUCCUAUUGUGAAUCCUGCUACAUUGUGACCCUGGAGAAGUGUUCGAUGUGCUCCAAGGCCAUCAUGGACCGGAUCCUGCGAGCGAUGGGCAAAGCCUACCAUCCGCAGUGCUUCACCUGCGUCGUCUGCCACCGCUGCUUGGACGGCGUCCCCUUCACGGUCGACGCCACCAGCCAGAUCCACUGCAUUGAAGAUUUCCACCGGAAAUUUGCUCCCCGGUGUUCAGUGUGUGGAAACGCCAUCAUGCCGGAGCCGGGGCAAGAGGAGACGGUGCGGAUCGUCGCGUUGGACCGCAGUUUUCACAUCGGCUGCUACAAGUGUGAGGUGAGGGCCCUUCGGGAUUUGGCGGCGCUCCUGAUUUACAAGGAGUCCAGCUGCGACCCGCAAGCAGAUCAGUCUGGAAGUGAAGCGAAGCCCCUCCCCCCCCGCCGGCCACGCCAGAGCCCCAUCCCCGGGCUCAGAGUUCAGACGUUCACGCCCCCCUCCAGCCCCAAGGCUUGA